AUGGGAGACUGGGGUGAAUCUGAAUACUACCAAAAUAACGAUUAUGAAGACGACGGGGUGAUUCCGGACUCGGGAAUGAACAGGGAAGAAACAGAAUGGGAACAUUUUCUGAACAGAUCGGGAAGAGAGAUAAUUCUCACUACAAUAACGCUUAAAGAUGGUGAGGCCCUUGUUGAACGUCUCAAAAAAAUUGACUCGUAUCAGUUCAAUUACUUCAAAAGCCUGUUGCGUAUUUGCCGCGAGCGUCUGGAGAACAUGGAGUAUUGUAGGGAAAAUUUCUAUGAUUCCGAAGAAAAUUUCGAAAACUACGACGUCUAUACAAGCGACGAAGAAGCGAGCGAAGAGGAGGAACUCGAAGAUGAAGAAUUUAAAGAUCCUCGAAAGUUUUCGAACUUAGAGAAAGUGAACCUGCAAAUUUCCGUUUAUCAGAAUAGCAUGGACUUUUCGAAAUGCAAGGAUCGUUUUCGGAACAAUGGCGACCGUACGGAGAUCCACAGAUCCUACAAGACGAACCCUGCUUUGAAGAACCGAUCGGGAUGGCAGUGGCUUAAAUUUGAAGUUCGCAAGACGAAAAAUCAGUAUAUUGACGGUCCUGAUGAGUGGAUGGAAGGGCCGAAAAGCCUCAAUAUUGUGUCUAUCAUUCCUAUCGUCCAUGUCUCAUACACGAAGCAUAGAUCGCCGUUGCUUCAUGGCUUUCUUUAUAUGUACAACAAUCGCUCCAGUAAAUACAAUUUGAACAUACCGUUCUUCCACUCGCAACAUAUAAUCAGAAUGCUUGAGUGCGAGCUAUACGAUGGUUUUGUCGACUUCAAAGAAGGUAUCGAUAAAGAUGAAUGCUCUUCUUCCCAAAACUCGCUCAACAUCGACUUUUGCGUUCAAAAGAGGAUCAUCGAUAAAAGUCUACCAAUCGUUUUUAUGAAGGAAAUAGAAAGAGUCGGCGAUAAACUAGCAAAAUUGAUGCGCCAAAUGCGUGAGAUUAUAGCUACCGCUGAACGCCCGGCGGAGGCUCCAGUUAAAACUGAGGCAGAAAUCGCAAGAGAAGAAGCCGAGCGAAUCAUGCGAAAAAAUCGAGAAGACGCAGAAGAGGCCGCAGCACGACGAGUAGCUGAGCAAACGCUGGUUAAAAUGGAGGCAGAUGCUAAUAUUCGAGCUGAGCAAACGGGUGAACAGGGUAGAGCUCAAGACAAAAGAAGACGGGACCCUCGUUGCGCUGCAGCAUUCAUCACGACCUAUGAAGAUGAAAUCGAUUCCAGCCAUCUUCCACGGCAUCUCCCUCCAGAACUUACUCAGCAAUAUUCUACUGGGUCAAGUACUGCUGGCCGCUCUGAAUAUAGUGCUGCCACAAACAUUCCUUCAGACUGGACACCUCAGUUAGCCGCACAAUAUCAAUGGGACGCAUCUGCUCGUCCGGCUCGCCCUGUAUGGGCUUCUGAUCAAGAACAGAAGCAGCAUGAUCGCACUGAUCAUAAAUCUGCUGAUGUUAAAACUGAAAAUGAUGGAUCAGAAGCUAAGGAAAAUCCACGAAAAAGACGACUUGAAGAUUCAGCUGAUCCUUUGCGAAAAAUGACACCAAGUGAACGAGUUCAAUUCUACAAAGACCUUUUAGCGCAGAAAAGUGGCAGGAAAUAA